AGGCGCGAUAACUUCGUCCCGAUAACCCCCGCAAGCCCCGGCUUCGGCUGUCGUCUCUGUCGUUUACCAUCAGAACAUCGUCAGAAGCCGCCCACCCCUAUUCUUGGAAACGUCCUCGACGAUCGAGGUAUUCCCUGCUGUUAGAAUAGUCUAGUCUAGACGUAAGAGACGCACAUCACAGCAAGUAGACUAGGAAAGUUCAAGGGCUAUUUCCCCGGCAGAAAACCAUGACGGACCCAAAUCAAACCGCCGACGAUGCACACCAGCAAAACUCCAAAGGGAAAGGAAAGCGACAAGAUACCACCACCCAACCAAAACCGCCACCAAGUUUCUUCGGGAAAGCCGCAUUCACAGCCACCCAACAACUCUCGACUCUCCUCCCGUCGUCCAAAACCUCCCAGCAAGAAAGUCGGCCGGCUCCAGGGCUCUCCUCAGCAUACACGGAAACAGCGACAUACCUAAAUCCCGCAGCUGGCGCAUCAUCAUCCGCGAGUGCGAGCGGCGAUGUCCUCGGAUUGGGUCCACGGCACCACCUGCACCACUCUCGGACGGGGGAGACCAUGUCCGAGGCAGAGCUUUUUGCGGGGCCGGGCGCGGUCGUGGAUCGGUUCGGGCAUGGGGCAGGACAACGACGGUUUGAGAUCCCGAUUGAGUCUGGCUUGGGGGAUUUGCAAAGAGCGAGUCCAGCUGGGCAAGGACAUGCCCGUCAGGCGCAUGAGCAGGAACAAGACGGAGCAGAAGUCCUCGAUUUCCUCCGCACGCCCGCAUACACCGUCUCCGUCUACUCCGACCCACCCCUCCGGACACAGUCACUCGUCCCCGACACAAUCAACCACGAGCAAGUCAUCCGCGCGACGGUGCACGAUGGGCAGGAAGCCGUGGCGUAUUUGAGGGAACGGCGGUAUGCGGAGGAUGUAUGGGGGAUAUAUGAGGCUGUGACGGAGUUCCAGAUUGCGAAGAAGGAGCUGGAGGCGUUGCAGGAUGGUGGGGAGGGCGAUGUGGCGAUGUCGGAGGGUAGGUUAAAGACGGCGGUGGCGAGGUUGGAUCUGUUGCGUAGGCAUUUCGCCAACAACCAGUGAGCUGGAAGGCUGACAGGAGCGCUAUGCGAAUGAGAAGCCUUUGGGGUUACCACAUCACAUUUUUGGAGGGUGCAACACCGCUUCGGGAUUUAGUAGCAGUCCAAAUGAACUGCGUGAAGGCAAGAAAGCGCAAACUGCAUUGUUGAGUUGAUAGCAUGCGAGGUUCGCAAGUAAGGA